GGCACGGCGGGGACCCGGCAGAGAUGCCGUGCCGCCCGGGCGAGCGCUUCCUGCUGCUGGAGCGCCCGGUCGCCGUGGGACAGGCGGGCUCCAAGGAGGUGGACGCGUUGGUGGCCAAGCUGGGCGAGGUGCUGCAGCUGAGCGCCCAGCGGGCGCCGCCGCCGCCCCGCGCCCCCAAGCACCUGGGGCCGGGCAGCGCCCGCGACCGCGCCGCUCCCUACUCGCCGCGGUGCUGCAGCGGCGGCGGAGCCGGGGCAGGGCUGCUGGCGCCGCGGGGACCGGCCCCGCCGCAAGCUCACUCGCAGCACGUCGAGUCCCCGCGGGCGGACCGGAGCGGGCAGCAGCGGGUGACCAAGCAGCUGUGCGGACGGGGCUGGCUGCGGAGCGCCGCCCGCCGGAGGAAGCAGCCUCCGCCGGGACCGGGCGACGGGCCGGCGGAGGACGAGGACCCGCACCGGCUCCUGCAGCAGCUCAUCCUUUCCGGCAACCUCAUCAAAGAAGCCGUCCGGCGGCUGCAGCUGGCGGCGGCGGCUGCAGCAGCGGCGGCAUCCGCGGCCUCCAGCGGCAGCGCCUCGGCGGGGAGCGGCGGCGCGGACGGCGAGGCGGCGGCGACGGCGGUGCAGCCCCUGCAGUAACCGGCGGGGACGAGCGGCAGCGGUGACCGGGUCGAAGGAGCGCGGCCGCUGGCGGCGGUGGCGGCGACGGAGCCCCCGCCGGGCGGGCCGCGGGAGCGCGGUGAGGGCUCCGCCAGGAUGUAAGUGUGUCUCGGCGGCGGGGCCCCCCGCGCCGGUGCCGGUAGGGGCGGGGACGGUGCCCGAACCCCCCUGCCCCAAGGUCACCCGCGGCGCGGACCCCGCCGAGCCCCAGCCGGCGAGGCCGCGCACAUCGCCCGCUCCGAGCUGUUGUUGUGCCCCCUUCCCUCCUCUGCCUUCCCCGGGAGCUCCUCCUUCUCCUCCCCCCGCCGGGGCAGCCCAGCCGGGGCCGCGGACCCCCCCGCCGCCGGUCCCCCGCUGCCGCGGAGCUCCUGCGUCUCCCAGGAGCCAUUUGCAAUAAUCCUCGCUGACCCCGGCGGGAGGUGUUUCCUUUCCCCUCCCGGGCCGGUUUGGUUUUUUUGUUGGGGGUUUAUUUGUUGUUACUUUAACGUUUAUUGUUAUUAUUUCUCGUUGUGACUGUAUGAAGCAGUUUUAAAAAAAUGUGAAUAUCAAAGCUGGAAGGCAGCUGGACUUAACAAAUGAGUGAAUGGAGCCUGAGAUGCAUUGUUCACAAAAGGUAGCCGAAACAAGUUUUUUUCUACCAAAAAGAAAAACCCUGAAUCCACCCUUCCCCGACAAACUCAAUGGCUCAAGUACAAGACGCAGCUGUUGAUUUUAAAUAUAUGCACUUCGUACCGGAGUGUUUGAAAUGUGUUCCUGAUUUACAGGACUUACUGUCUUAAUUAACCUGUCUGUAUUGAAUAAACGUGGUUUUGUUUUUA